AAUGAGGGUCGGAAAACUGUCGAGAGGGUGGAAAAUCAAUAUUUGCUCUAAAAAGGAACGUGCAGUGAAAAAUGGCAGACACAGAAUUUGAGGAAUUUCGUCAGAUUUUUGAACAUUUCCCGCAACAUCUCAAGACACCAGCUCAAUUCUAUUCAUUAGUUCCUGGCCUGGAUGAUGGAGAACCCUCUCCCUCACCCAAGAGUGAUUCCAGUGGAUCAGACUGUGAGGAAGUCAGUACAGAACUACUGGAUAUUCCUCAACAUAAGACUUCAGUUGAUGGUGGAGAAUUUCUUGGGCAUCAAAUCAUUCUGAGCACUAGCAGUGCUGAAGAUGAUGAAAUCGGCGAUGGACUGAGGACAAAUCAGCCAGCUCAGCCUCCAGUACUGGCCAGAACCAAUUCUCUUCCCUUCAUGUCGGGCAGCACAGAGCGUCGACGUCGAAAGCUUCCGGAAAUACCCAAAAACAAAAAAUCUUCCAUUGUGGUGAUGUGCAGUCAGACGUCUUUGGCAGAGGAGCUGGGAGUUAAAACGGGCGUGGGGCAACGUUCUGUGCUGGCACUGAAAUGUGGCUAUCUUCUGGACGAGGACUCCAGUCCAGACAGCGAUCGGCUGCACAGUUUGGGAGAUGUGGACAGUGGACACUCCACAGCACACUCCCCCACCGACUUCAAGAGCAUGUCCCCGACUCCAGCAGCUGGAGGGACACCGUAUUCGCGACUGGAACUUCUGGAGGCCACUCACAGGGCGCUCCACAAAUUCCUGCCCCGCCACCACGAUGAGAUUGAACUGGAGAUCGGGGAUGCAGUUUAUGUGGAGAAGGAGGCUGAUGAUCUGUGGUGCGAAGGCGUGAAUCUUCGUACAGGGAGACAGGGUAUCUUCCCAUCGGCAUAUGCAGUGGAUCUGGAGUACAAUGACUUCGAUCCGGGAGCGCAACAGGUGAAGCGAGAACGUUACCUGCUAGGGUACUUGGGUUCCGUGGAGACACUAGCACACAAGGGCACUGGGGUAGUCUGCCAAGCUGUCAGGAAGAUCCUGGCGCGUUCCGGAGACUCUCCUAAGGCCCAACCGUGUAUCUUGGAAGUCAGUGAUCAGGGACUGCGGAUGGUAGAGAGAGCUCGAGCACCAGACCAUAAAGGACCCCACAUGGACUUUUUCUACUCGCUCAAGAAUGUCUCCUUCAUCUCAUUCGAUCCUAGAGAUAAUCGCUACAUUGGCUUCAUCACCAAGCACCCCACAGUGCAGAGAUUCGCAUGUCACGUCUUCAGAGGCCACGAAUCCACGCGUCCUGUGGCGGAAGCUGUUGGGCGAGCUUUUCAGCGAUUCUACCAGAAAUUCAUUGAAACGGCAUACCCUAUUGAAGACAUCUACAUUGAGUAGAAAGGAGAAAUUCUUGGUGCUGGUUUGCUUCUCCAAACAGAUCAAAAAGAACAAAAUAAUUGAGACAGAAAACAGAAUGUUUCGAAUUGUAAAUAAACCUAUGUAGAAAAUGGUAGUACCAGAUGAAAAA